UAGAUUUUUUUUAUUCGUACGUACAUAAAUUUGAGCUGAAAAAGAAAAUAGAUUUAGGAAUGAAUGAUAGAUUUUCUUUAUAUAAUUUGUGAAAUUGAAUGCUUUGUUAAUGUAUAGGUGACAACAAUAGUCUCCAGAAAUCAACUGGAUUAAGAGAUGUGAAGAAACCCUUAACUAGCAAGCUAGCUAACUCAGAAGAGAAGAAGGCCUGUUGAAUGAAUUAUGAAGUUGAUUAUGUUGAUCUUGGUGUGGGUGUUUGCCAGUGUUGCCGUUGCGAGUGAUGUAUGCUUUGAGAACUGUACAGAGUAUAGACCCAAGUCUCCACUGGUUUACUGUUCAUACUUACCCAUGGAAUACCUGAACUGCAGUGAACCCGAGGAUCUGAAUGGAAAUGAGACAAAAAGACAGGAACUGGAUGGGUAUGGCUGUACUAAGUGGGGAGGAGAGAGGUAUGAAGAUGUACAGAAAACAAAGGUGUGGUGUGAGGUUCUAGAAGGAGUACAUUGUUAUGGAGAGAGAAGAUUUCUCAAAGACGGUUUUCCCUGUAUCAAGUACAAUGGCCACUAUUUUGUGUCCACAUUGAUCUACUCUGUACUACUCGGCUUCCUAGGGAUGGACAGGUUUUGUCUCGGACAUACAGGUACAGCAGUAGGGAAGCUACUGACACUGGGUGGUGUAGGUAUAUGGUGGAUAGUGGAUGUAGUUUUACUUGUAACUGGAGUACUUAUACCAGAGGAUGGCAGUAACUGGGUGCCUUACUACUGAACUGUGAUAACUGAAAAACUGAAAUUGAAUGAAACAUGUGUCUGCAAAAGUAACAGAAUCAAAGACAAGAUGUCACAAAUAAGUAGGGAUGAAAGUGAAAUACACAUCACAUUUUUAUUCAGCAUAACUGAUACUAAACUUUAUUGUUCUUCUGUCUUCAUUUCUACCAAAAUUUGUUGUGACUAUCGAAACUUUACCUUUAUAGCAACUUUAACAUACAUUAGAUAUGUGUCAAGCUUUGGGUUUAUGUGUACCAUGCUCUGUGUUCAUGUGUACACAGCUCUGAGUUUGUGUGUACCCAGAGUUGGGUAAAUGCAUGAUCAGGUAGAAGUUGGUGGAGAGUAAUGAUAUAAAAUUUAGUAAGGAAAUAUUAUAACUGAAUGUGCAAAUGAUUACAGAUAGCUCAAACAUUAUGGCUUAAUGAAAAUGGAAGAGCUGAUAACUCUGAAAGAAAUUGAAGAAAGCAGAUGGAAAGCCUUAUCUCAUUCUUAGUGGGAAAGAUAAAUUUCAUUUAUUUCUUGGCAAGGUUCUUGAAAUAAUUAUAUCAUGGUUAGAGGAUUUUAAGAAAAGUGAAGAAAUAUUUACUCAAUUCUGAGGACAGGGGCCAACAAGUAUUGGCAAGUGAGGGAAAUGUGGAGAAAUAUUUACUCCAGUUCUGAGGGCAGAGGCCAACAAAUAUUGGCAAGUGAGGGAAAUGUGGAGAAAUAUUUACUCCAGUUCUGAGGGCAGGGGCCAACAAAUAUUGGCGAGGGAAAUAUUUACUCAAGUUUUGAGGGCAGGGGCCAACAAAAAUUGGCAAGUGAGGGAAAUGUGGAGUAAUAUUUAUUCCAGUUCUGAGGGCAGGGGCCAACAAAUAUUGGCAAGUGAGGGAAAUAUUUACUCAAGUUCUGAGGGCAGAAGGCCAACACAUAUUGGCAAGUGAGGGAAAUGUGGAAAAAUAAUUACUCAAGGUCUAAGGGCAGGGGCCAACAAAUAUUGGCAAGUUAGGGAAAUAUUUACUCAAGUUCUGAGGGCAGGGGCCAACAAAUAUUGGCGAGGGAAAUAUUUACUCAAGUUUUGAGGGCAGGGGCCAACAAAAAUUGGCAAGUGAGGGAAAUGUGGAGUAAUAUUUAUUCCAGUUCUGAGGGCAGGGGCCAACAAAUAUUGGCAAGUGAGGGAAAUAUUUACUCAAGUUCUGAGGGCAGAAGGCCAACACAUAUUGGCAAGUGAGGGAAAUGUGGAAAAAUAAUUACUCAAGGUCUAAGGGCAGGGGCCAACAAAUAUUGGCAAGUUAGGGAAAUAUUUACUCAAGUUCUGAGGGCAGGGGCCAACAAAUAUUGGGAAGUGAGGGAAAUGUGGAGCAAUAUUUACUCCAGUUCUUAGGGCUGGGGCUAACAAAUAUGGCAAGUGAGAGAAAUGUGGGGAAAUACUCAAGUUCAGAGGGCAGGGGCCAACAAAUAUUGGCAAGUGAGGGAAAUGUGGAGAAAUAUUUACUCAACUUCAAAGGGCAGGGGCCAACAGAUAUUGGCAAGUUAGGGAAAUGUGGAGAAAUAUUUACUCAAGUUCUUGGGGAAGGGGACCAACAAAUACUGGCAAGAGAGGGAAAAGUGGAGAAAUAUUUACUAAAUUCCGAGGGCCAGGGCCAACGAAAGCAGACAGAUAUUGACAAGUGAGAGGCAAGUGGAGAAAUACUAAUUUAAAAGUUCUUAGGGCAGGGGCCAACAAAGGCACACAAAUAUUGACAAGUGAGAGGGAAGUGGAUAAAUAUUUACUAAAGUUCUUUGGGCUGGGGCCAACAAAAGCAGAAAAAUAUCUGCAAGUGAGAGGAAAGGGGGAAACGUUUAAUCAAGAUCUUAGGGCAGGGGCCGAACAGAGAUGGACAAAUACUGGCAAGCUAGUGGAAAUUGCAGAAAUAUUUACUUAAGUUUUUACUGCAAGGGCCAACAAAGGCAGACUAAUAUUAGCAAGUGAGAGGAAAAUGGGAGAGAAGUUGUACAUAGAGCUUAGAAAGAAAAGCAGUAAAGGAGGAGAUUAAUUGGCAUAGUGUAAAGAACAAAUUGUAGACAGUUUUGCCAAGGCGAUGAGGACUCUUAAGGAAACAUUUAAUGUUACUGAUACAGAAUGGAAAAACAUCUUGUCCGUUUUCCGUGACCUAAGUUCUGUUCAGGUUUUGUUAAUGUGUGAAAUGUUAUGGUCAAAAUACAUCAUCAUUUUCUUACAUUACACAGCAUAUCCUUAUACCUGUCAAAUUGUUAGUUGGUUUUGAAAACUUUUUAAUGUUUAUCAUUGUGUUUAUAAUGCUGCAUAUGUCAUCCACAUAGAAUAUAUUUAAAAAAAAAUACAAAAAGUUGAAAAUGCAUACAUUGUAUUUUUCGCCUAUGAAUAAAGUGAUAUUGAAAAUA